AUGGAGAGUCAUGACAGGUCGCCUCCGAGGCGCCGGCUGCCUCAAUCAAUACCGCUCCGAGACCUCUCACGCCCUCCCGAUGAUCCUUUCUCUGCCGAAUAUGAUAUGCCACCGGAUUCACGUCAUAGCCGCGCCCGUUCCCUGUUGACUGGUAUGAAUCCGGCAUCUAAUUACUCGCGACUGCAAGAGGACUCUCCUGCGCGCGGUACUCUCGAUCCACUGGACAGAAACAAUGCUUUUCAGGCUCAGCAGAGUUCCGGGGAAGUGUCUCCUAUAGAAGAUCUCUCAGGAUUUGCUGCUGCGUCCGUCGGAUUGUCUUUGGGUCCACCAUCAUCUGGGCCACGACCAAAUACCCCUCCGUCUGGCCUUCGACGACCGACAAUUAUUACAACAUCAGCCAACGAGGACGAUGUUGAAGUCUUCUCUCCUCCAGACACAGAUACGACUCCUCUGACGAACAGAGGUGGUCGGCAGCCUGCACUCAACUCACACGACACUCAUGACCAAGGGCUGCGCCUCAACCGAGAUACCAGGCGUUCAAGCGUGCAUUGGGUAGAUGGCCCUGCACCUACGUCAGAUCGAGGCCGUACAUCUCGUCUCGGCGACAAUCUCCCAACAUUAGACACAGGGUCUGGUAUGCAGCGAAAGCUCAGCGCCACAAGUGGGAUUAGCCGUCUCGAUGUCUCUUCCGCCGAGCGCGGCGAUGAUCAUUCCAGGUCAAGAUCCCGCUCCCUUUCGCCCUCACCGUCUCCAAUGGCAAGAGCAAACUCCAUAUUUCGUGAGAUGUCUCAGCGAGUGGUCAACCUCAGUAAUGACACAGAUGUCGUGGAGCAGAAUGCGAGAAGGAAAUCUUCGGUCAAGAAGCCUAGACCCUCGUUCUCCUCAAGCCGAGGAGACGACAGAGAUGACCUGCCACACGAUGUGGAGGCAGAUCAAUCCAUUCAGCAACCGCUCGAAAAGACACCUUCGGUAGAUGUUCUACCACCCGUUCUUCCACCACCAAUACAUCCCAAUCCUCUACGUGGCAAGUCAUUUGGGAUCUUUGGACCUGAGAAUGCGUUGCGUAAAGGCCUCUGUGAGGUGCUUGUACACCCCCUCACGGAACCCAUUAUUCUGGUCCUCAUCGUCAUUCAGACUAUCAUGCUUGCUGUCAAUGCGGCGCCAGAUGCCAUCUACCACCAGUCUCGGGCUAGAUCAUGGGGUACGUCGAAGUUUGAUUAUGGUAUCCUUGGCCUCUUUGUCAUCUACACGUUGGAGGCUCUUACCCGCAGUAUUGUGUCUGGCUUCAUCUGGAAUCCCUAUGAGUACAGCACCUUGGACCGUACCGUUGGCCUCAAGGAUGCAAUCUUGAAAAAGACGCAAGGUCUGUUCGCCCCUCACACUCAGCCCCAGGCUCCGCCUAGAUCUCCUGUACCAGGCUCGGAACCCAACUUCCAGCCCUCCAUCGUGCGAACAUUCACUGGUCUUCCCGAAGCCAAGGCAACCGGACCAGGACACUCGAAGCAAAAUCAGCGGAUACGCCUGGCGCGACGCGCCUUUAUCCGGCACUCGUUCAACAGACUGGAUUUAAUUGCCGUGGUGUCCUACUGGAUAUCACUCUCGUUGCAAUUGACCGGCUAUGAGGCCGAUCAGCAUGUCUACAUUUUCAACAUGCUCAGCUCCUUGCGUAUUCUCCGACUUCUGGGCCUCACAGCCGGCACUUCUAUCAUUUUACGGAGUUUGAAAAAGGCUGCCCCUCUACUGGUUCACGUCGCGUUCUUGAUCAGCUUCUUUUGGCUCAUUUUUGGCAUCGUCGGCGUUCAAAGUUUCAAGUCCAGCUUCAGACGUACCUGCGUCUGGGUCGGGGACGAUGGCUCUGGCGAGAACUUUACCCUGAACAUCGCACCGGAUAACAUCCAGUUUUGCGGAGGCCAUCUAGACCCAUCCACAGCGGAAGCACUACCUUGGUUGAAAGCUGAUGGGCAGAAUGGCACGUCUAACCCCAAAGGCUUCCUCUGCCCAAUAGGUUCGCUUUGUGUCGAGAACUUCGCAGGCCCCUACAAUGGUACAAUUGGCUUCGACAACAUCGCCCAAUCGCUAGAGAUGACUUUCGUUAUCAUGAGCUCGAACACCUUCUCGGAUAUCAUGUAUUAUCUGACCGACUCGGAUUACCUGACAGCUGCGCUCUUCUUUGUGGCAGGCAUCAUCGUAUUGAGUUUCUGGCUCAUUGGCUUAUUGGUUGCUGUGAUCACUUCCUCUUUUCAGAUUAUUCGAGAGGAGAGUAGGCGCAGCGCAUUUCAAGCCGAGGAACCUGAAGAAUCUGAUCUAGACAGCCAACCCCCACCUAGGGCCAGCACACUCAAGCGGAUCUACGACAAAACCCGGGGCUUCUGGAUCACCAUUAUCGCAUUCGACCUAGUUGUUCAGGCAACGAGGAGUGCAACCAUGUCAGAUUGGCGGGAAACAUUCAUCAUGAACACGGAGACGGUGGUCACCCUCCUCCUAGCGGUGGAAAUCGUUAUUCGAUUUGCAGGCGAUUGGCGGCAUUUCCACCAAAGCAAGAGGAAUUGGGCUGAUCUGUUCCUGGUCAUCAUCACCCUCAUUACACAGAUUCCUCCGAUUCGCAACUCUGGUGAGGCGUAUGCCUGGCUUACCACUUUCCAGAUUGCACGCAUCUACCGAGUUGUCCUGGCGGUAAGGGUCACGCGAGAGCUCCUGUUCACUGUUUUCGGAAAUGCUUCGGGUCUCUUCAAUCUGAUCAUUUUCGUGUUCCUAUUUACCUUCUUGGCUGCUAUACUGGCAUCGCAGCUUUUCCGAGGUGACAUUCCUGAGCAAGGACCAGAUGGUGAGGUGAUUUUGGUUCAAUUUUUCGACAUCUGGAAUUCCUUCAUCGGCAUGUACCAAAUAUUUUCGAGCGAAAACUGGACGUCCAAUUUGUACAACGUCACUCAAUUCAACAAGCAGUUCGAGACGGGCUGGCUGGGGUCCAUGUUCUUCAUCCUGUGGUUCAUCAUAUCAAACUUGAUCAUCCUCAACAUGUUCAUUGCUGUCAUACAAGAAAGUUUCGAUGUUUCUGAAGAUGAGAAGCGGCUUCAGCAAGUCAAAGCAUUUCUGAGGCAGAGGGAGUUGACUGGCUCGUCCAACGCGAAUCUGUCUUUGUCCUCAAUCUUUAAAAUGGGCAGAGAUUCCCUGCGCCAUCGCGAUGCCCUGCAAUAUGGAUCUGCAGCCAUGGAACAAUUGCUGAGAGAAGCAGUUGUCAAUGAUUUCCUGGAUGAUGGCGACAAUGCUCCCCGUCGACCGAUGUCUACGCAGCUGCCAACUGUACCUGCAGCCAAGGUUAACCCGGGCUUCGUUUCGAGGUACUGGGGCAAACUAAUGGGAAAAUCCAACCGCGAACCAAAUCCCUUCUACAGCAACAAGGAGGCCGAUCGUGCCAAUGAAGAAUUUGACCCGCGGAUGGUGGCACAGCAUUUGGUUCAAUCCGCCGAGAACCGUCGCCGGGCACAGCGGCAAUACCUGAACAAGCAUCCCAAGUACAAUGUCUCGCUUUUCAUCUUUGGUCCGCAUAACCCUGUUCGACGCGCAUGUCAAUACAUCGUCGGACCAGGACGAGGUGAGGAGCGAGUCGAAGGCGUCUCUCCGUAUAAGCCUGUGUGGUAUGCCUUCAGUGCCUUCACAUAUGCUUGCAUCGUGGCUAUGGUCAUACUUGCAUGCAUUACCACGCCCUUGUUCCAGAAGGAGUACUGGGAGGUCAACGACAGAGACAUUACCAACUGGUUUGUCUGGCCGGAUGUUGGGUUUGCCAUCAUUUUCACCGCGGAAGCCGUCAUCAAGGUCGUGGCCGAUGGCUUCUUCUUCACUCCGCAUGCGUACUACCGUACAGUCUGGGGCUUCAUUGACGGCGUUGUGCUGAUCACGUUAUGGAUCAACGUCUUGACAACCAUUUUCCAGGAUGAUGGUAUAUCUCGCGCCGUUGGCGCCUUCAAAGCUCUAAGAGCUCUACGUCUGCUUAACAUUAGCGACACCGCUCGCAAGACCUUCCACUCCAUUAUUGUUGGUGGCUACAAGGUGUUGGCCGCUGCCUUUGUGUCUAUAAGUUUAUUGAUACCCUUUGCCAUUCUGGGACUGAACCUCUUUAAUGGCAAGAUGGAGUCAUGCAACGACGGCGACUUCGGCUUUGACAACUUGACCAGUUGUGUGGGCGAGUACAAUUCGACUCUUUUCAAUUGGCCAGUGUUGGCGCCGCGCGAAGUCGCCAAUCCAUACUACGACUUCGACGACUUCGGAAGCGCUCUCUUCAUCCUCUUCCAGAUCGCGUCGCAAGAAGGAUGGACAGAUGUCUUGGCCACCGCUAUGAGUAUCACUGGCAAAGGUCUACAGCCUAACGACUUCGCGUCUCAAGGCAACGCGGUGUACUUCAUCGUCUUCAAUUUGCUAGGCGCCGUCUUCAUCCUGACGCUGUUCAUCUCGGUUUUCAUGCGAAACUACACCGAGCAGACUGGAGUCGCCUUUCUGACAUCUGAGCAGCGGUCGUGGCUGGAAUUGCGGAAACUUCUCAAACAGAUUUCACCUUCACGUCGCUCUGUUGGCGAGAACAGCAAGGGCUGGCGUCGGUGGUGCUACAACCUCUCCAUUAAGAAGCGUGGCAAGUGGCAGCGAUUCGUCACUGGUCUCCUUCUUGUGCACCUUUGCAUCCUGCUUGUGGAGUUCUAUCCGGAGCCAGAAUGGUGGGAUCAGCUACGAGAAUGGAUCUUCCUACUGUUCACACUCAUCCUAGUUGCCAACAUCGUCAUCCGAAUCAUGGGACUAUCUUGGCACAGAUUCCGGAGAAGCACGUGGGACUUGUACUCGCUCGUGUCUGUUUCUGGGUGCUUAGCCACUUCGAUCAUGCGGGUCAUUACGCGCAACGUGCAAGAGAUCGACAUGCUUCAUAAGUUGUUCAUGGUGUCUCUUGUCUUUUUGCUCAUCCCGCGCAACAAUCAACUCGAUCAGCUCCUGAAAACGGCGGCAGCCUCGUUCCCACUCAUUGCCAAUCUGUUGGCAACAUGGUUCGUCCUCUUCCUGGUGUUCGCCAUUGCCUUGACCCAAACUUUCAGCCUCACGAGAUUUGGCGGGUCAGAGAAUGGGAACACCAACUUCCGCGAUGUCCCCAAGGCAUUGAUUUUACUCUUCCGAACGAGUAUAGGCGAAGGGUGGAACGAAGUAAUGGAAGAUUUCGCCACGAUCGAACCACCGUUCUGCGUAUCCGACGACGACUUCUACAUGUCCGACUGCGGAAGUGCCUCGUGGGCGAGAGCGCUAUUUAUUGCCUGGAACCUCAUCAGCAUGUACAUUUUCGUGUCUCUAUUUGUGUCGCUCAUCUUCGAGAGCUUUUCGUACGUCUACCAGCGAAGCAGUGGCCUCUCGGUCAUCACUCGGGACGAGAUUCGACGUUUCAAGCAUGCGUGGGCGGACUUUGACCCCCAGGGCAGCGGUUACAUUUCCAAGGAGAAUUUCCCGAGGUUACUAGGAGAACUCUCUGGUGUCUUCCAGAUGCGAAUCUAUGAGGGCGACUUCACGGUCAGAGCUCUAAUGGAAGACUGCUCAGUUGAGCCAGGAGAGGUCUACAAGCGACGACGCGUCAUCGACGGGCUUGAUAUUGACCUUCUCAAUGCGCGUUUGCGGAACAUUCCGAUUGAUGAGGUCCGGGCCAAGAAGCAGCAGAUGGAGAUUUUCUAUCAGGAGGUCAUGCUGUCAGCAGAUCCCGACCGAGGCAUCUCUUUCACGACGACAUUGAUGACACUGACCCACUACAACGUGAUUGAAGACUCUCGAAGUCUACGGCUCGAAGAGUUCCUGCGGCGACGGGCACGCCUGCAACGUGUUCAUGAGUCGAUCCGUCGGAACGUUGUGAUCGGCUUCUUUGACACAAUGUACUGGUCUCGCAAGUUCCGUGAGGCGGUGGCGAACAGACGCAACUCUAGACUCGGAGCGCCACCAUCGAUGCCUGUGCCGGAGAUCUUUGUCGAGGAUCCAGAAGAGUCGAGCAGUGCAACAGAGCCACAAGAUUUCCUGCAUCCCUCAAGGGCAUCUCGGGCACCGACUCCAUCAGGGGGUCCAAUGUCGCCCAAGCUUCCACAGAUAGACACAACGGUGACUUCGGCAUGGGCACGGGAUUCCCCAAUCCGGGCCAGUUUCGACCUGUCGCCGACCGCAAGCCCUCGCGAGGCACGAUCACGGUUGCAAAGUGUCGAUACGACGUAUCAUGGACCGGGAGCGGGCGGGAAGUCACCGUCACGAACACCGCCACGGUCGCCUACUACGACGACGCCAAUUCACUCUCGGCAGAAUAGUAAUGUGGGAGGAGCCGGCGUGAUGGAAAGCUUCGACAACUCGGCAUGGGGCGAGUCGAUCCGGAGGAAUCUGACAACGAGGACAUCACGAUGA